CCUGAAUUUCCACUAUAAUAGGCUAUUUCUCGUUGCAAGAGAAACAGCCAUGCUUUUAAUCCCCUGAAACAUCCACUGACCUACUGAUGUGUCUUUAAGCAAGGCACUGCACCCGCUUCCCCCUGCACAGUUGCUCUGCUUACUGACAGCGACGUUUCUGGGACUGGAACUUUGAGUGUGUGGUGUUAAAUGACUGAAGCAGUGAAGUAUGUAACCGAUAGAAAGACCCAAUUUCAUUAUGACCAACACCAGUAGGUUUUAAGACUCCCCUGAAGAACAAUGUGUGACUGAAUGACUGUGUGUGGGCACCUGUUUGCUGCUCGCAGACUGUCACCAUGAGGGAGCAACGUUAAGUGGAUGUGACUGCUCUGAUUGCACUCCAUGGGAAAGCGAGAAGAAAUAGCCUACCUCUGAUCAUCAACGCGUCAUAUAAUGUUUCAACGGACGCCCCUCCCCCUGUCUCGUUUUUUCCCCUCACUCAACCUCUCCUUUGACUCACAGAGGCGGCUCACCACUGGUGCACGGACCGUGGAGGAUACGGGCAGAAGAUGGCUGACAUAGCCGCGCACCGCAAGCCCUCGGCGGCAUCACUAGCGUCACACGGGCCGCUGAAAAGCUGCAAGACAUCCGCCGUCUGGCGACUGUAAACAGCUGCCGCUGCCUCUCUCACCCCCUCCUCACCGCAGAAGUAUCUCAGAGAAAACAUGGCAGAGAUGGAAAAAGAGGGCAGACCUCCGGAAAAUAAAAGAAGCCGAAAACCAGCUCACCCGGUGAAAAGGGAAAUAAAUGAAGAGAUGAAGAGUUUUGCAGAGAACACCAUGAACGAGCUGCUGGGCUGGUAUGGCUAUGACAAGGUGGAGCUGAGAGACUCUGACAACCUGGAGAUAGGGGAGACGCCACAGCACAUCUCUGUCCUCAAAGAAAACUUGUUGCCAAAAAUCCCAGCUUCAACAGAGAGCAGCGAAGCCUCUCCAGAUCGAGCCAACAGCUCCCAUUCUUUGCCAGCCUCCAGGAACGGAGUCACAGAGUCCUCCACCACUCCGUCCACCUCCAUGCCCAGCACCAAGGAACAUGGCAACCUGCCCAUCAUAGUCCCCAUGAUCCCCCCGCCACUGAUCAAGCCCCCUGCAGAUGAAGAUGCAUCCAAUGUGCAGAUCAUGUGCGCCUGGUGCCAGAAGGUCGGCGUCAAACGCUAUUCUCUGAGCAUGGGGAGUGAGUUGAAGAGCUUCUGCAGUGAGAAGUGCUUCGCCGCCUGCCGCAGAGCCUAUUUUAAGAGAAACAAGCUGGGAUAUAUAAGGAAUUACGCUGCGAGAGACGACGAUGGCCUCGGUGGGAAAUUACCCCAGCACAGCUUUACUCAGGACACGCCCAGGCUUGUCUUCAAGACAAACAGCGAUGUGCUUGUGUGUGACUGGUGCAAACAUAUACGCCACACUAAGGAGUACCUGGACUUUGGUGCUGGUGAGCGGAGGCUGCAGUUCUGCAGUGCCAAAUGCCUGAACCAAUAUAAGAUGGACAUUUUCUACAAGGAGACCCAGGCUGCACUGCCUGGGGCAUUGUGUAACCCAGGACACGGGGCUGGUGGGGAGGGUAAAAUGGAGUGCAGUGGAGGGGUCCAGCUGCUCACUCCUGAAUCCUGGGGCACGCCGUUAACAGACUUCCGGCGUAAAGCUCCUUCACCAGGGGGGCCUAACAACACCUCUGCACUGGCCCCUUCCACUUCUUCUGCCACCUCACCCUCGGACACUGCUGCCGUCUGCUCCCCCUCCUCCUCCUCCUCAGCCAAGAUCCCCACACCCAGACCCCACGAGAGCCCCACUCUUCACCCUCCGCCUGUUCCCACUUUGCAUCCACCUGUCGGGGUACCUCCUGGUAGCCCUCCCAUGGUGAUGACACCCCGGGGACCCAUGCCCCUGCCACUGUUCAUGGAGCAUCAAAUGAUGCAGCAGAUGCGUCCACCAUAUCUUCGGCCCUCUGCCCACCCAGGGGGGCCCCAUAGCCCCCUGUCAAACCCUAUAAUCCCUGGUAUUGGUCCACCACCUCCUCCUAGGACCAUGGGUUCAGCAUCAAGCCCCAUGCACAGGCCCCUGCUGUCUCCACAUGUCCACCCCUCAUCCAAUCCCAACCCUGGCAUGAUGCACCAUGGUCUCCCCAUGCCAGGCCUACCCCCUUUCCCCCCAGUCAACAUGAUGCCCAAUGGACGCUUUCCUCUGCCCCCAAUGAUGAACUUUGGCAUGGCGUCCUUGGCCCCAUUGGUACCCCCACCAACUCUCUUGGUCCCUUACCCUGUCAUCGUACCCCUCCCAGUCCCAAUCCCUAUUCCAAUCCCAAUUCCCUUCAGCCCCAAAACAUCCAGGGACCAGCCAGAGAGUAGUGGCACCUUCCGCAGUGCUCCAGAGUCAUCCGAAGCUUCAGCUUCUGGACCCCACUCUCCACGUUCCUCUGGUGGUGACAGAGGGGAGCAGAAAGUAGAGCCAGCUGAUGCAGAGCGUCUCUCUCCUGUACACUCACAGAGAAGCAGGACGUCGCUGGUGGACUUGACAGUGAAGGCAGAGGAUAAUUCAGGCAACUUGUGUCUAACCAGCGGCCCUGGACUGAUGGAUGGGGUUAUUGAUCUAACUGUGGGCCAGAGGCCAUGCCAACAGCAGGUAAUUCAGAGGAUGCUACCUGGGGUCCAGGUCAAAAUAGAGGCAGAGGCUGAAUCAAGAUCUCCACCAGCUGCUGGGCUGUUUUGGGAAGGGAAGGGCAGUCGUGAUGGGGGGAAAGGGGCCCUCUCACAGGGCCUCCUCAGUGCUACGAAGCUGGAAGGGGGCGCACACCCAAACACACUGGAAUCAUUAGGCCCACCCUCCAGCAACAGCAGCCCUUCUUGCCAUGAGGAUCCGCCAGUGAGCCAGCUAAAUCCCUGUAUCUCUAACCAUACCCCACCACCCUUGCCCAGCACAGCACAGACCCAACCCCUGCCCCACCUCCAAACUAGCCCUGCUGCCCCAUGUAAUGUCAUAGUCAAUGGUACGGGAUGGCAUUCCCUUCUCACUCCUGCCUUUGAGUCUUACCCUGACCCAAGAGGAGACAGUGUUGCAGGAGAAGGAGAGGCAGAGGAGCAGCCAGCCAACGGUGAGCUGGAGCAUGAGGCACUGAAAGAGAACAAUUGCUCAGUUGGAGAUUGGGAGCUGGGGAAGCGGGGCUCAGUGCAAGACGAGAUGGCGGACACAGUGGAGGGUAAGCCAGAUCCUGACUCCAACAUGGAGGAGGGUGAGCACGCCUAUGCCCUGCCGCUGCUGUCCACCGGAGGCUGUGUGGUCAUCCAGCCUGUGCCAAAGCCCGGCGCUGACAAGACGGCCAUCCUGUCCUGCUCCAUCAGUGCCCCUUUAUCAGCAGACGGGAGUCCUGAGCUGGAGCCGCCGCUGAAGAGGAGGUGUCUGCGAAUCCGCAAUCAAAACAAAUGAGAUGGACGCUCUGAGGACCACAGUGCCAUCAACAAAUCUCACUUGUCCACCCCAUACCUCCAAAUCCCACUCCUCCCAACUACACCACCACACACAUGCACAUUUUUCUUGUCCUCAUUCAUCGUCCAGUCUACCAGCACCACAAAUCGCCUUUGACGACUGAUGAGUGUCCAACCAAACAUGUUGAUGUGUAUCAUAGCAGAGCAGACAGGACUCCUUUUGUCCAUGUGACAGACCCUCUGAUGGACUGAACUUCGACAGACUUGAUGUUGUAGCCAGCAGGAUUGCUUGACCUUUGAACUGCAGACAGUAUAUCCCUGCAACAGCAGGACUUUACCCCGCUGCUUCCCUCCUCAUUUAGAGACUCUCAGCCCACACUGCCCCUUCUACCUUAUCCACCCUCCCCUAUCAAAGCAAGUGCUUUCCAUAUUGUCUGUUACUAUGGAACGCACCAGAGUGAUAAGUGAAGGAUCCCCAAAGAGAGAUUUCCAUCCACCAAUGAAAUGCUCCAACCUGGUACCACACCACGGGUACAAAAAUCUCUGCUCCAGUAAGUGAUAUUUUUUUCUCACUCAACUUGUCACUAAGGUAUAGAGUGAUCUCUCAAAGUUUAGAUCGUAGAGCCACAGAGCUGGCAAAAAAUAGCCGAAAGUCUGCUCUAUCUAACCAGCAAAAAUGUACAUGCCAACCUGACACAAAAUGUCCUGGGUGAUUCUGAUGGGUGGUAGCUAAAAAGAAGCAUAACAAGCAUGGAUACAGUUAAUGCCAUAUACAGUAGCUAAAGGGCAAAUUAAAGAGAUUUUUCGAUCAGAGGCUGGAAAACUGUCAUUGGACAUAAAAUCACCAAUUAUUCCUACUUAAUCAGCACACUGGAGGAUACAAUAUUAAAAUUCACCAGCAAGUAAUAGCGUGUGGGUGGAAUCAUACAAUCUCUGCCAUAUUUUCCUGUAGCAUCUAUUUUGUUUGCUCUUGAAUUCAAUUGAAAUAUAUGUUGUUACACAAGAAUGAGACAGAGCUUUCAUGAUAAUCAUUCAUACUAUUGACAUUUUCACACCCUCUGGAAUGCUGUCUGUGUGCUUAAACAGUAAGCCAUACUAGUAACGGUAAUCGGGUCACUGCUGUUUAAGAAGAUUUCAAGGCUUACUGCACCUCCGAAACAACCGGGAUGGCAUGGCAAUGUAGAAACUCUGCCAAUCUGUAGUGGGUCCUUGCUACCGCAGGCUAGUACUCAGUCUUUUCUAUAAUACAUUACCAGUGAUGUUCCUGUAAUGGGCUAGUUUGAGACUGACUGCACUGAAUUUAAAGGGGGCAGGGGGAAGCCAGCUCCUUCAUAAAUAAUCAUUAAGGGACCUGGAGGGAACUGUACACUACAGUUUUUCUACAAUAAACACACGGAAGACAAAUUCAUUUUGGAAAUAAUUUGAGAAAUAUUUAAAAUAUUGCCUCUUGCUUGUCCACCAGUCCUGCCAAGUUGCUUAAUUUUUUUUUGCCAAUAAUUAUUUGUUUUAAGCCAAAUUUAAAGCCAACAUUGUCCUUGAUUCAGUGGCAUGCUAUACAGUAUGUACAGCUUUUUUGGGCAAUUUAAGUGAAUGCAACACAACUGUCACCCAUCAAGUUUGAUCUAUUCCAGUUCCACUACAGCUUAAGCCUCUGAGCUGGGACAUCAAACAAAGCCAGCAUUUAGUUUACACUCCUAUGGAGGAGGUACAUUGUACCAGUGCGAGACAAGGUAUUAUCAUAUGUCAAAGGCCCCUGGUGUGUUGAAACAAAACAUGUCACCUAGUUUUCAGUGGAAACGGGAUUUCAAACUGAAGAUUUGACCAGAUACAUUUAUAGUUGCCAAAAUACAAGCACUUAUUUUGAAAAAGGAAAGAUACAGAAGAACACAAGUGGAUGUCAAAAACAGUAUUACCUGAUCCUUAAUCAUAAUUUACAUUAGAUGUGUGCAUUGCUUUGCAUCCCCAUCCUAUCUAACUGUUUUUUCUGUAGCCUGUUUUAUUGCUGUCAUGGUGAGACACCGUGUGAUUUAUUCUGUGUCCAAUUGAGGCCCAACAGUUACUCAUACACAUAUUCACAUGUCACAAGCAUAUCUACAGUAUUCAUACUCAUGUCACACACACAAUGCAAUGUAGAUGUAACUGUGUGUACGUGUUUGUGUGAGGCAGGUGCAAGCAGAGAGCCCAGUUGAGAUUACAGAGUGUUGACUCAGAGUAAGCAGUGUGCAACUCUAUCUGUUGCCUGUUAGUUAGGCAUUUAGGCUUAGCUUGCUAGCCAGGGCCCAGCUUUGGUGUCACUUUAAGCAAUUCCUUGCACCCGCUUCAUUUCUCUGCCAACAAAGGCAGGGAAAAUGCUCUUUUUAAGCUGCCUGUUUAUGUCUUAUCUACCUUCUGCUGAAUUGUCCAUUAGUAGAGAUAUUCCUUUCUGUAAUUCUUUCACAGAUACCCAUAAGCACAUCAUUUCUGAAAUUAAAGGUAACAUUUGAAGAAUAAAUAUUGAGCAAUUGCACCCCUACUCCAAAAUUGAGAUUUUCCUGUUGAGCUGUCAGUUUUCUUAUCCGGAAUCUUGCUAGUGAAAAAAACAGAAACUAGUGAUGAUGUAGCCAAGAAACUGGACACUGUAGUUUCUGAUGUCCGUAAUAUGGGAGUCAUACAAAGACAGGGCCACAGUCAGGAUUUUAGAGGUCAUGAGCCCUCCAAACCACUAAUUUUAUAUUUUAUUCUGUUCAAUUAUACUUUCUGUAAAUGUCAUCAAACUUAUAAAAUACCCACUGUUUGUAGGUUUUUAUAAUGUUAAGUCCCCCCAGGUUGCAAAAACAUACUAAGGACAUGGCCUUAGUAUCCUCAAUGGUAGCUAACACCUACAACCCUGUACAAAUCUGAGCCACUGAUACAGCCCUGUCCUUUGUCUGAAGCAGGACGGGUUACAGUUUCCUAUUUGUUAGUGUGUGGGCCUGCACCAUGCAGUUAAAAAGGUGAAAGACUAUUCUGUUGGUUAACUCAACUGUUAGGUGAGGAGACAGUUUUUUGUUUUUUAAUUAUCCAUGUGUCCUGCUUAGCUCCUUUGUUAACUGCUACAAGCUAACGCUUUAGCAUACACUGCACUAAGGCUGACAGGCUGCUAGCAUUUUCAGGGAAGGAAGACCGACCUUUUGAAGGAAAAUAAAUAUGUCAGUCAGUGUUGUUGUUAUGACAUUGUAGACUGAUCAUUUUUGUCCUGCUAGCAGUGGAGAUGAAUAAUGGCUAUGUGGGCAGAUUGCCAUAAAAUGUACUGAGCACAUUGAUGUUAAAUAAGAAGAUGAACUCUUUCAAAUUUGGACUCUCCAUGAGCUGUCCUCUAGCGCCACCCCUAGGACAAAAUAUCUACUUUGUACCUGACAUACAGUAUCUAAAGCUAAUGACCAGAUUUCAAUUUAACGAAUAGUUCUUUAUUGCUCAGAGUUAAAUGAAGGUUUUUUUUACCACUCUGCCAGCUGUCGCUUAGCUUAGCUUAGCAUGAAGACUGGAGACAGAGGUAUAGCUUGCCUAGCUCUGUCCAAAGUUUAAAAAAAACAUCUGCCUACCAGCACAUUUAAAGCCUAUUAAUUAACACAUUAUAUCUUGUAGGUUUCCAGUCUUUAUGCUAAGCUAAGCUAACUGGCUGCCAGAUGUAGCUUCAUAAGUGAAUUUCCCAAAAUGUUGAUUCUUCCUUUUAAUUUGCUCCCCAAAGGACAAAUGCUAAUUUCUUUUGGUGAUCUUUUCCUGACUCUUCUUUUGCAAUCACCAGCCAAACUUACAACUGUAAUCCUACUAGCUGAUCUCCCAGAAUUUCUCUAAGCAAGUCAUUAUCUUUACCAGAAAUUUCAUAUUAAUUUAAAAAGGUGAAGGGGGCUUGAUUUUUGAUGAGGAACUAACCAAAAUCUUUUGUUAUGUCUGGUUUUUCUCUUGAUUCUCUUGUUACACACUAGACACACACAGACGAACAAACAUGCAUGUUAUGUCUGACCCUAAUCUGCACCAUGUUGUGUUGGCAUUGCAAACGGUAUACUGUCCAUGUCUGAGACAGAUAUUGAAGAUAUGAGAGCCUAACUCUCACGUGGAAAUCCUGGACCACUGAAUCAGUCUAUGUGAUGGCAAACAGACUCAUGACAAAUCUCCAGCAUUCUUUUUUUGAUGAUGGACUGCAGGCCUGGUCAACAGCCUGAAUUAUGCAAUGACAACUAACUCCUAUUAUAGACGAGUGGUCCACAGACAAACUAGAACAUGACAUGACUUCAUGUUACUUUUCAAAAACAACAGAGAAGUUGCCUUAACUCUUGCUUGUAUAAUCUCUACAGUUAAGACAAUGAUGCUCGCUUGUAAAGAAGACUCUCCCUUCUUUGUACAAAAUGAAAUAUACCAGAAACAACGACUUUGUUAUCUAGCUAGUGUCAAUGUAUAGAUGAUCAGCUUUUUCUGUAACUUGUAUGGACUGUCACAUUUUUGCUAAGAAGAAACCCUCCUCCCAACUUCCUUGUUCCUAAACAUCCAAUCUGUUCAACGUUUUAACUUGUGGUGGACUGUCAAUCUUUUUGUGUACAUUUUAUAGUAUUAUUUAUUGUUGACAAGUUUUGCAUUUGCAAAUAAUUAAAAAAAAUGAAGGUGGUUUGACCUGAGCAUUCUAUUCCAAUGAAAAUGCCUGGUGAACAGUGAAAAGCUUUUUUCUUUAUUAAAAUGGAGAAAACAGUGAUAUGAGGAGAUGAUCUUCUGUCUUUUUAUCAUGACGUUGUAACAUGUGCAUAACAUGUGGCCAAAAUUGCUUUGGAAAAUAAUAUUUUUUUGUGUUGUAACAGUAUUUGUUUUAUCCAGUGAAUUGCUCAUGAAGACAAAUAAAUAAGAGGCACACACAA